CCGGGAUGGCAGCGGGACAGACGGAGGGCGGCGGGACAGCAGGACAGCGGGACGCUCCGAUCCGGGCCGUGGUUCCGCAGCGCGUCCGUCCCCGCUCCUGCCGGUGCCUCGGGGGGAUAUUUUCCCUUCUCUUUAUUUCUCCGGAGGGGAAAAGCGAGGAGCUGCCAGUGGUCCUAAAGGCAGAGCCCACCGGCGCUGCCCUGCGCUGACCGCCCCAUGCCCCCAUAGCGCUGUGCCGUGCCCGGGGCGAUGCUGUGAGCUCCGCUCGGAUGGUCUGAGUUCCUCCCUGCCCUUCACUCCUCCUGCCCAGAUGCAGUGGAUAAUAUUCAUGUUGCUGUUAUUCAUCAGCUCCAUGGAAAUGCUCUCGCAGAACCGAUGGAAGAAGCAAGUGAGCGCCGGGCUCUUGGAGAACUGCACGGGCUGCGUCCUGUGCUCGGAGGAGAACGGCUGCAUCACCUGCCACCACCGGCUCUUCCUGCUCAUCUGGAGGGACGGCAUCCGCCAGUACGGGGUGUGCGUCCACACCUGCCCCCCCGGCUACUUCGGCGUGCGGGGUCUGGAGGUCAACAGAUGCACAAAAUGCAGGUCGCCCAGCUGCGAGAGCUGCUUCAGCAAAGACUUCUGCAUGAAAUGCAAGGACAAGUUCUACCUGCACAAAGGCCAAUGCUUCCGGCAGUGUCCCCCCAGCACCGCGGCGCGACCCGACACCCGCGAGUGCCAAGAAACAUGCGAACCGGGGCCCUGGAGCGAGUGGAGCGCCUGCACUCACGAGGGCCGGACCUGCGGCUGCAAAUGGGGUCUGGAGACGAGGGUGCGCGAAGUGCCGGGCACCCCAAGGGAGGAGGGGGCUGCGUGCCCCGCGCUGCUGGAGAGUCGAAAGUGCCGCCUGAGGAAGCACUGCCCGGGAGAGAAAACCAAACCCAAAACCAAAGGCAAAAAGCGGCAGAAGAAGCAGAGGACAGAGCAGGACGCGGGCACCUAACACAGCGACAUCCCCCCCUACCCCCAUGCUGCCCCAGCUUUCCAGCUGCAGAAAAUUGCACAAUGUUCUCCCCCCCACACACCCCCCUACUCCCAACCUCCCCCUUUCUUUUGAGACGAUUUAUGGCCUGUAAAACAUUUCCUUUUCAGAAAAUCUAAUUUGCAGUGUCCAAAGCAAUGCCCAGGGGCUCGGGCAGGGGGUGGCUCACUUAGUUUGCUGUUCUUCUCUCUCCCCCUCUCUGCAGCUGGGUGGGAUAGGGCUGGUGUGGGUCUGACCGUGCUGCAGGCCAUGGGUGCCCCAUCCCAUCCCCAUGGCACAGAGAUGCCCCAUCCCUACGGGAUCCUGUCUGUGUUGGGGGUCUUGCAGGACUCAGCACCAAUGGCACAUGUGAGGGUUCACAGCUGCCCUAUGUGAGCACAGCAAUGUGUGUGUGGGGGGGGGCUUUGCCAGUGCACCCCACAUCACAGCAGCCCCCUGCACCUGGAGAGCAGCCCCACAGCCCCCUCCAGACAUGAGC